ACAUGCCACACUUACUGAGGCUUCUGCUUAAGGCGUCCGGAAGACUUUGUAGUUUGUCAGCAUUUUCACCUGACAGAAGAGUGUCGACUGCAUACUCCACGUUGAUUAGAUACCUUUAAAGGAGUUGGUCAGUUCCUGUAAAGCCUGAGGUCCCUAGGUUUGUGUUCAUUUGUCUUGACCAAUAACUGCCUUCUUACCUUGGUUGUUGGGCUUGUAUAUCACGAUGACCCAACGAGCUGCGCUGGUAGAAUACUUGUUCUCUCAAGGUCCUACCAUACCAGAAGUGUCUGUUGGAUGGUGGUUAAACAAAAGCAGUUACCCUUACCCUUAACAUGUUCUUAAACAAAGAGAUAAUGCAUUAUGAUGGCUUAGAUCAGUCAUCAGUGGUUAAUGGUAACCCAAAACCACAGGACGUAUGUUCUACUACAUCUUUCAUAAUACAGGCCAAUUGUCGUGGUAUCAAAGAGGCUAUACGUGACCGACCUCAAGCAGAUGUCUCCUGCUCUCUGUGGUCAAAUACUAACCCUUCUUUUUCAAGUACAUCAAUAAGACCUAGCCUUCCACGGUGUGGGCAGCUGGUAAGUGUCAACCGCCCUCACAACUCUGCCAGCGCUCAAGUUCCCUCAGACCAUUAUCCAUCUCCCUCAUCCCUACCUUCUAAUCUUCCUUCACGUCUUUCAGUUAACAGUCCUACAUCUUUAAUUCAUUCUAGCUUUCGACAACAAUAGGAGUCCACAGGACAGCAUCCUUGAUUUCCUUGAACCACAUCCACCGAGCUCAACUCGAUAGUGGACACAGAUAAACCACAUUGC